AUGGUUUACUUCACGGAACGAUUCUUGUCUGGAGUUCGACAUCUCGUAAUACUUUCUGACAGAAAUCAACCCAGAGAAGAUGGACUUAGUCUCAUUGUGGAGAAGCCGUGGGCUGGCGCUUUUGCAGAUCAUUGGCCACGCUUAGACAACAACUCAGUUCUUCCCAGGUUAUCCGUGGAGGUACCCUUGUCCGAGGGAAAAAGCGCAUGGGUCUUGCAAUCUUCUAUCCACAAUGAGGCUCCUAAUUCUGGUAGAGCUCUCACUCUUGGACAACGUUUAAUUGAAGGCCAAACACGUUGGGGUACUGUGACCAAGGUCCCUGGAGAGUUUUGCUUUACUGACUGUUAUUGGGAGUGGUUGGAGCUUGUAGUUGGUCGAAAUACACGACUUCUUUACAGUACUCGUUUAUAUGGUGCCGUAACAGCUUCUUUAUACACUUAUGACCGCAACAGUGAUGUUGUUCGAGCAUUUUGUGAAGCAUGGUGUCCUUCGACUAAUACUCUUCAUACUAUGGCAGGCGAGUUAUCCAUUUCUUUGUGGGACUUAUGGUCCUUUGGGGGUCUUCCCAUUAAGGGAGAUUUCUACGAGGAAAGGAUCCCUUCUUUUAAAGAAUUGACCUCCACAUCGCGGGAUAAGACGAAGUGUCUUCCGACGACCUGUCAAUAUCUUUUCCAGGCGUAUUACUCAAUAGUUUGUACGCAGAGGAAUGAUCGCUCGGCCUCUUCUAAGAAUGACUCUCAAGUAACUAUUGGCUCUUGGAUUUCAUUCUGGUAUCUUGGAUCUAAGAGCUAUGAUAAGCCAACAACGCGAAAGCAAAAGAAGGCGUCGCGCUCCAAAUCUACUCAAAACCCUGAUGGUUCGAAGAUCCAAGCUCGUGAGUGGUCUUCUAGGGAGAGCAUGUUAUUCGCAGAAUUUGGGAUCAGAGAUGAUUUGAAGGAUGAAACGUAUUUAGCUGCCUUCUUAUCUUGCUGGUUAUGCCUUUUUGUAUUUCCUCAGAAAGGAUCGUUUCUUCGUCCUGGAGUGUUUAGGGUUGCAAGCCUAAUGGCCGCUGGCACUAUUUAUAGUCUUGCAGUUCCAGUUUUGGCGAACAUAUACCAUGGGCUAGGUUUGAUAACCAAAGCCUCCAAUCCGAUAGGACGCAUGGACUUUCACUUUCCCAUGCAUUACGUCCAUGGCUGGUUAGCUCAUUAUUUUGGCACACAUUAUCCACUUCCCACGGAAGUUCGAGGGCCCAAGAUGACUAACUUUUCAGGCGAAGGCGGGUCUAUUUAUUUUGGCGAAUAUGAGGCACGCGAAUUGAUCCAUAAUGGUGCGAGAAUUCAGUGGCACGCUAGCCUCCAGAACAGAAGUAAACAUGAACGCAUGGUUGAUACCCAUGAUUCAUCGUUUCUGCAAACGUCAUAUUUCGUAAGCAUGCGUUCUUGCUACUUGUCCUCUCGUUGCGAAAAUACCUGGAUCAUAACAUCAUACAGUCCAUAUCGAUUUGGACGACAGUUUGGUUUUUACCAGGACCUUCCUAAUGAUAUAGGGGGUAUGUCACCUGCGAUCACGCUGGAUAAUAUAUUAUAUCACUGGAGAAUAUGUACGAGGCGUAACACUUUAUCCGAGCUAUACUUGCCCGCCCGUUCAUUAGAGCCUUGCAAGCAUGUGACUCAGCGAUUUACAGACUGGUGGACUACGAAGCACGGGACCUAUUUUGAGGAUAACAGACACCAUUUGGUGAGUAGUGCCAUUCCUCCCCCUUCACAGCCUAGACUACCGAAGAACCGAGGGAGCAACCUAGGUGGUAAAGAAAUUCGAUUGGUUGAGGCGAUGGCUCCUAAUCUUGAGGAGGAGGUAAAGGAGCGUAAAGAUGAGAGUGAUAGCAGCAAAAGUGAUCGUCAUUGGAAGAGACCUUUGAAGAAAGCGAAGGUAUCAGGUGAUCAUCCCGACGGAAGGGGUUUAAGUGCUUUGGAAGUUCCUGAUGUUCCACCACUGUCACCAUUAAACGAUCAUCUUGAAGGACUUAUAGAGCCAGACAGUGAUGAAUCUUUGACGGGACCUCACGCAGUUGAUUCAGCAUUUGAGGAAGUUGGUACCUCGAGAACUCCCGUCAAUAAACCGACUGAACAAUCCUUACGCCCAUCUGCUCUUCUCGAGGAGAUUCGUCGAGGCAAGAUGACAGUGGGGGGAAAAGACCUUGAGAACCCUUCAUCCAAAGAAGGUGCCUGUCCUAAAGCAUCUUUACAAAAAGUUAGCUCAGCACAUGCUCCCCUUAAGUUUUCUGAAUUACCAUUAGACGUUUCUAAUAAACAGACUAUGAGAAACCCUGAACCUUCUCAGUGGGUUGGUGAAAAGGUGGUUUCAAAUUUCUUUCAGAAAACAGCCUUAUGUAUGUGGGAGGAUAUCCAAGAUAAGAUCAUGCGAACUCCUUUUGAAUAUAUCCCUAGACUUAGGCCAGAAAUAGCGACGGUUCUCUCCGGGAUUGAGAAGAUUCAUGCGGAUGGCCUGACUUCUCUUGAAGAGUAUCUAAAUAGUUACCUUAAGAGGGUAGACAAUUUUAACGAUGUGCAAUCUUCAUAUUCUGCACAGUUGUCGUCGACGGACAAAGCUCGUCAAUUAAAUGAGAAGACAUCUGCCAUCAAGGAAGCUUUGACUUUGGUGAAACAAUUACGAGGAGAUGCCAAAGUUAUUCAGGAAAGAACCGUAGAGUUAUCUUUAGAAAGGAAAGAACUGGAGAAGAGACUUCAGAGCAUAAAUGUUGAAUCUGAACAGCUGUCGAUCUUAUCUUGUGAAAAAGCGGAGGCCAUAGACCAACAAGAACUAGAAGUUGCCAAGCUCCAGGAUGAAGUCAAUACCCUUGAAAGCACCCCUGCUAUUACUGAGGAAGCGAUUGAGGCACUAGCUACUGUCCGCCAGAGCAUGGAAGCUGCACGAGAAGAAUUCAAGAACUUCAAGUGGAGGCUUUGA